UUCAAAUCUUCGACACCAGAAAUGUUGCCUGCCCUGAUUUUCCGACGCUUGGCGCGUUUCAUCGGAGAAUGCUGCCCAUGUUGUCCCCCUUCCGAGGAAGACGACGCCGCCGCCAUCGCCGCCACAGUGCAAAAUCAGGACCAGCUCGUCGUAGCCAUGCUUCCGCAACACAUCUCUCCGACCGCCGGCGCAAUCCAUGUUGUCGAGCUCACAGACCAGCUCCGCAAGGCCAAGUACCUGUCUGAACAAUUGGCUACGGCGGCGCCGCCGCCGCCGAUUACGCCGUCGGAGCUCAGCAUUUUUGUGUUGAAAGGAUUUAGCCCUGAGUUCACUAACUCUUUUCCUCGAUCCAAUUCCUCCAUGGAAGCUUCUAGAAUUAGGGACGACAAUGUCUCGAUCAGGCGAUCUGAUUUUCCUAAGGAUUUCAUAUUCGGAACUGCCACAUCUUCUUUUCAGUUUGAAGGAGCAGCCGCCGAAGGCGGCAGAGGACUCGGAGUAUGGGAUGUUUUCGCCAUGGAGUGCCCCGAGAGAAUAGCAGAUGGAUCGAAUGGAAGUGUAGCGGUCGACAUGUAUCAUCGAUACAAGGAUGAUAUCGAGGCGAUGAAGAAAGUCGGAUUCGAUGCCUGCAGAAUCUCCAUCUCCUGGCCUAGAAUUCUGCCUGGCGGGCGCCGAGCAGCUGGGAUCAAUAGAGAAGGGAUCGAUUAUUACAACAAUCUCAUCAACACCUACCUCGCCAAUGGCAUCGAGCCUUAUGUGACUCUGUUCCACUGGGAUCUUCCCUACUGCUUGGAGCUAGAGUACGACGGCUUCUUAAGCCGGCAGAUCGUGGAUGAUUUUCGCGAAUUCGCCGAGCUAUGCUUUUGGGAAUUCGGCGACAGGAUUAAAUCAUGGAUUACGAUCAACGAGCCGUGGAGCUACUGCAUCAAUGGAUAUGUCCGGGGGACACAUCCUCCAGGCAGAGGCUCUAAAGACAACAUCGGAAAUAAUCUUACAAAAUACAGAGGUGUUCACGGAUCGAAUAAUGUCUCGAAUUCGACUGUCCAAACACACCGCAGCUCGUUUGCGCCGAGAACACAGCCCGAUCCGGCAAAAGACGUGUACACCGUCGGCAGAAAUCUGAUCCUCGCACACGCAGCAGCUGUUCAUUCUUACAGAACAAAGUUUCAGGAACAUCAGGGGGGGAAGAUUGGGAUUGUGGCGUGCUGCCAAUGGUUCGAACCAUUCGAUUCGAAUUCUGAGGAAGAUGUUGAAGCAGCUAAAAGAGCUAUGGAUUUCAUGCUCGGAUGGUUUCUGGAGCCUAUAUUGACUGGAAAAUAUCCAGACAGCAUGAGAAGAUUUGUUCCUGAAAGUAAUUUGGCACAAUUUACAGAGGAAGAAUCUCGAUGUCUGAAGGGAUCCAUUGAUUUUCUUGGCUUGAAUUACUACACAGCCAAUUAUGCAGCAAAUGAUGUAACUCAUGAGCCCGGGAAAGCCUACUAUAAAGAUCAACAAGUUGAAUUUUUUACUGAGAAAAAUGGGAUUCCAAUUGGGCCAGUGGGCGGCUCAUCGUGGUUGUACAUUGUUCCAUGGGGACUGUACAAGCUAUUAAAGCACAUAAAAGCAACGUACAGUGAUAUACCCGCUAUAUAUAUCACGGAGAAUGGGGUGGAUGAGAAAAAUGAGUGCAAAGUGCAAAGUGUCGAUGAUACAAUAAGGGUUAAAUAUCAUCGGGAUCAUAUUGUCCAAAUUCUAAAGGCAAUAAAUGAGGGAGAAGUGAAAGUGAAGGGGUAUUUUGCAUGGGCUUGGAGUGACAAUUUUGAAUGGGAUGAAGGAUACACAGUGAGGUUUGGAUUGAUGUAUGUUGACUAUGCCAACAGUCUCAACAGAUAUCCAAAGGCUUCUGCUCUAUGGUUCUCCAAAUUCUUGAAUUAAUUUAAUUCAUCAAAAUUUAUAUGUAUUUUGUUUUUAUUUUAAAUUUAGUUAAACUAAAUUUAAAUACGUUUGUUUAUUGUUGGGCCCAUAAACUGAAACCACUAAAUUAAAUGGUCCAAGGUGUCACA